GCGGCUACAAGAGUUGGCCACUGGCUCAGGCAGACCAAAGGCAAAGCAGACUGAAAAGGAAGCUGUUUUUUUUGCCUCCAUUAUGGCAAAAAUCAUUUUGAGGCACCUCAUAGAGACUCCAGUGCGUUACCAGGAGGAGUUUGAAGCUCGAGGGUUGGAGGACUGCAGGCUGGAUCAUGCUUUGUAUGCAUUGCCGGGACCAAGCAUCGUGGACCUCAGAAAAGCCAGGGCAGCACAGUGCCCUGCCGCGGACUCAGCACCGGCAGAGCUGCCGCCCCAAGGAAGCAAAUCUCGCUUUCAGAUCCUGCUGGAUGUGGUCCAGUUCCUCCCCGAAGACAUCAUCAUCCAGACCUUCGAGGGCUGGCUGCUGAUUAAGGCUCAGCACGGAACCAGAAUGGACGAGCACGGUUUUAUCUCCAGAAGCUUCACCCGGCAGUACAAACUGCCAGAUGGCGUUGAAACCAAAGAUUUGUCCGCCAUCCUCUGCCAUGAUGGGAUUUUGGUGGUGGAAUUGAAGGAUCCAGUAGGGACCAAGUGAAGCCUUCGGUUCCGGUUCACGUGACAUGAACAGAUUCAGUCCAGCCAGUGGUACCAUGGGAGUGCUUGUAUGACCCACGUUUGCAGUGACU